GAAAUUAUGUAUUGAAUGUUGAAUAUGUCUAAAAAAACAAUUCCACAGUUUUGUGCCAUAUGCCACAGAGAAAAGCAACCAUCGAAUGGGCUUUCGAGAGCAUAUAGCACGCCACUAUUUGAAAAAACAACGCCUUCCGGAAUAUCCCUACGUCACAAGUACGGAAACCUUCCGUCGAAGAAAAAUGACGAUUUUUUUACCCAGGUAACUGAGCCUCAGUGGUUGAGACGCGGUAAUUUGAAAGAGUCAGAUUGUGUAUGCAAACGUCACCUGGCAAUAUUAAUGAGAGGGGUUGAUAGAGGGUGUGAGGGAGGAUGCAGUUCACCUCUACAUCGAGGGGCAAGACUAUGUAAAUCAGAAAGCUUGAAAACAAUUCCACCAACAUGGCGACGACUUUUUAUGCGCCACCCUCAAAUAAAGGACGAGGACAAAGAGCUUAUGUUAUUUUGUUGGGAUUGUUAUAAAAAACACAUGAGUCGUAUGUCAAGAUAUGGUGACCCAAUGGGUACACGUUUUGGGAAGAAAGUGGGUCUUCAACGAUCAAACUCCUUAAUCGAUGGAGAUGUGAAUGGAAACGGUAUCUUGCAGUCUAUGAAAAAGUAUAAAUCAAUGGAAAGGCUAGACUACAAUUCCGUAUCUAUAAGUUGUACAUCCACUGCAUAUACAACUGGUGCACACUCGAGACGUAAAUCGUCAAGUUCUGUGUCGCAGGGAGACAAAGAAGAUGCUGUGUUGGAAAAUGACAAACUGCACGAAUCUCAAUUUAUGUCAUCAAGAAGGACAAAUAGAGGAAGAAGAUCUUUAAAAGGAAAGCGAAGUCCUUCGCCACCAAACAACAUCAGUCCAGUCAGAACGAGUGUUGUUCACAGCAAGCGGAAACAUUCGCCCCAUAAAAGUCCAAAAUCUCUGAGUGUAAGGUGUAGCAGUAAUCUAACAACAACAAGCCAUGAAGUAGAAUCAAAUGUGACGUCAGUGGAAACAACAUCUCUAUCUCGCUUAAGCGUCGACGAUACAGAAUUCGUCGAUCUUAAAAUUCCGGGUUUUGCCCCUGUAUCUCCUGUAGAUUUACCCGAAACAAAGAAACAUUCAAGUGACGAAGCAUUCGAUGUGUUGAGUGGAUCACGAGAUUUCAAACCAAACUUGAAUUUUACAGAUUGUAAAGAAGAAUCUCUGAAGCUGUCUGAACUUACCAGUACUUUGACCAAUGCAGAGUUUCACAGAAGCUUGGGAUCAAAUUUUCUUCCAAACGAGCUUGAAAACACUUAUUCAAACAAAAUUUCACAUAAUGAAUUUAACGCAAACCAUGAAAAUCCUGUUGUCGAUGACACACAAUCAGGUAUUUUUUCAAAUCAAACUGGUGAAAGCACAACAAGUGCUGAUGAAUUGGCAGGCAUAUUUUCUAACAGUACCAUUAUCGAAGAUAUCAAUGGGCUACCCAAUGGAAUGAAACACUAA